UCCGGCCCGGCUCGGCCACCCGCGGGGACGGGAUGCUGGGGGGGUCCUGGUCACCCGCAGGGCCAGUGGGCUGGCGGGUCGCUGCUGGCCGGCGCUGGCCAGCGGGAGGCGGCCCUUAGGCCGCGGCAGGCCGCGCUCCGGUGCACGGGGUGCAGUCGCUGGGGGACCCCGUUCUCUAGGGCCUAGCUGAGGGGCGAGCGCGGAUGGCUCCUGGGGGAAGGCCCGGCUGUCUCGGCCCCACUCAACCCAGGCUCUGGAGGCCCCUGGCCCGCACCUUUCUCCCUAGCCUCUCCCUUGCCUCAGAGGCCGCCGGACCCCCUGUCCCUGCACACCAAAGUCCUUUCCCGUUUUAUGCUGACUUGGCCCCAGUGUGCGGAAACAGCAUCUUGUGACACCUUCCCGUCCCCAGUGGUGUCCUGUCUUGCUCAGCCGGGCUCCGCCUGCCUCUGCCGGGCUGCCAGUCGUGCUGUGCUGUGGCACCCAUUCCCUCGCUCUGGCAUGUGGCUGCUUCUCAUCCUGCUGCAGGCUGCGGUCCUGCCUGCCCAGCUCUGCGAAGCCCCGGGAAAGGCGGCAGUGGUGCAGGCACUGAGUGCCCAGCUGCUGGGGCUGGUGGCGGACCCGACGCGGGACCCUGACCCCAGUGUCUAUCUGGCCCUUCGCCUGGCCCAUGUCCACAACCUGCGCAGGGAGGAGCAGUACCUGGCACAGCUGCGGGACACCUUCCAGCGCCACUAUGGCAGGAGUGUGCAGGCAGCUGGGCGGCCCCACGCUGCACCCCACAGCCACCCCCAGCAGGAUGCUGCGGCUGCUGAGCACAGCAUGAGCACUGAGGCAGAGUGGCCGGAGACGGGGCGGCUGGCACUGUACCUGCUGGGGCUGCAGGCCACUUGUCCCGCAUUGGAGCCUGGUCCUCUGCGCUCACUGGUGACAUGGCUGAAAUACUACCUGGAGGAGGACUGGGCAGGCUCCCGGCACCAUGGCCACCCCCUCACCAGUUACUACCAGUACAGCCUGGGCGUGCUGGCACUGUGCGUCCACCGCAAGCGGGUGCGGGAAGAGGUGAUCCGUCGGCUCCUGGCAGCUGAGCACCACAGCAGAUUCAGGCACAGCAGCGGCAGCGCUGUGGACACGGAGGCAGUGGUGGCACUGGCCUUCACCUGCCUGGAGCAGCAGCGGCUGGUGGGGACCAGGCUGGCGGCAGAGCUGCGGGCGGCCACACGCAGGGUGAGGAGGAGGAUGGUUGAGGCGCAGGGCCAGGAUGGCUUCAUUGGCAAUGUCUACAGCACCCCCUGGGCCAUGCAGGUCUUCAUCGCCACCAGCAUGUGCCAGACGCAGCCAGCGUAUGGCCGGGCCAUGGCUGCGCUGCUGGAGAACCUGGACGCCUUCACCACCGCUGCCACCAUGGCCCAGGCACUGCCGGUGUUGUACGGCCGCUCUUACCUGGACAUAGCCUCCAUGCGCUGCCGGGAGGAGCCGGACACGCUGAUGCCCAUCAGCCCUGAACCGCUGCCGGAGAGGCCAGGGAACAAGACUGUGCAGCUGGUGGUGGAGUGCCCCGAGCUGCGGUGUUCCCAGCACCGGCUCUAUGACCAGCCAGUGUCUGUGCCCGCCAGUGCCUCCCUCCUGGACGUGCUUACGGCAGCUGCUGUGCAGGGACCCUCCAACUUCACGUUUGACACCCGGGACACCCCCCUGGGCCCCUUUCUGAGCAGGGUGCUGGGGCUGGAGGCCCAGCAGCAGAAGCAGAGCUACUGGCAGCUCCUCACCGCCCCCAGCACCAGCCUGCAGAUGGGCAUCGCUGACUACAGACCUCGCGACAGGGAGACCCUCAUCCUGCGCCUGAGCAAGUGGUAGAGGACAUGGGGAGUGUGAUGGCAAUGAAACACCUGCCCUGGGUGCAGGACCUACA